AUGUCUUGCUGUGGAGGAAACUGCAAGUGUGGUGCUGGCUGCAAGUGUGGCGACGGCUGUGGAGGAUGUGGGAUGUACCCGGAUGUGGAGAAGGCCACCAGUGCUACUAUCAUUGCGGGGGUUGCACCCGUGAAGACGGUGAGUGGGUGUCAUGUCACAUCAGAUGAAGAUAAUGAAUUGGACGGAUUAAUAUACCUAGAUGGACCCUAG